GUAGCGAAGGAGCUAGCUAUCUCUGGAAAUGGCAAAACGGUGUUCUUCCCUCCAAAUUACGAUCCUUCUUUUACCAUUCAUACUACAUGCAAGUGCACGUAAGGUACCUGGCGAUACGAGCCAUGACAAUGACACCAAGAAUCAUGGGAAAGAGCAGACUCUGGUGCAUGCAAGUGCACCUGCGGCUGCUGAGUCCCCUAUGGCCACUGGUGUUGCUGACAAGAAGCACUUCAUCGUCGGCGGAGUCGGUGGAUUCGCGGGGAUGGGAGGUUUUGCUGGUGUCGGGGGAAUCUUCCCCAAGUUUGGCGUCGGAGGUGGCCUCGGCAAGUUCGGUGGUAUUGGUGGGUUCGCCGGAAUUGGUGGCCACAAGGGUUUCGGUGGUGGUAUAGGUGGCCUGGGUGGUGGUGCUGGAGGCCUUGGUGGACUUGGAGGCGGCGCCGGAGGCUUGGGUGGAGUUGGUGGCGGUGCCGGAGGCUUGGGUGGUGCUGGUGGAGGCGGUGCUGGAGGCUUAGGUGGAGCUGGUGGUGGUUGUGGAGGUGGAGGAGUUGGGGGUGUGGGUGGGGUCGGCGGUGCGGGUGCUGGUGGUGGCUUAGGUGGCGGCGGCUACCAUCCUUAUCACCCGAUGCAUCCUUAGUUAAGAUGGUUUCCAUAUCUACAUAUUUUUACACCUUGGUGGUGGGUUUGUGGGGUUAGCAUCUGAACUGUGGUUAAUGGUUAGGGUUUUGGGUUUUACAUUUGCCAUGUGAUCUUGUUAUUUUCAUCUCCGAGCAUUGAUGUGUCCGCUUUGGGGUCUGGUUAGCUUUGUUUUAACGUUUGAAUGUCAGAUUAAGUGAAUGCACUA